UUUCGGACGGGGAAAGAGCGAACCUGAAGGAGAGCCCGCGAGAAACUAACUGGAGAAGGCCUCUCGAACGAGCGUGAGCAGUUAUCGAAUUGGAGGCGUGUGCUGUUCAAACGGCGGGACCAGGAUAGCUAUGGUGAUUAAGAAACCCAAAGUGCCUAUCCUCACUGUUGAAGAAGCAGCUACACGCAAUAAAAAUGAGGAGUUUGAUUCACGGGACAAGCAGCAACUGGAGAACUUGGAGCAAGAACUUGCAGACAUCCCAUUUGAGGAAUUACAGAAGGCAAGAGCUGAUGGCUCGCAUGUUAUUCAACAGAAGCCUGCAUUCAAGUUACAUGAUAAACCUGGUCGUGCUAAUAAGAAUAGGCCAAUGGAGAUGAGUAGCAAGGUUCGAGUUGGAAGAUUUAGAGAAGUUAUCCAAGCUCCAAAGAGGGUUGUUCGAGACCCACGAUUUGAAUCUCUAUGUGGAAACCUUGACACUGAAGGGUUUAGGAAUAGAUAUUCUUUCUUGUAUGAGGUUGAGCUUCCUGCAGAGAAAGCGAAACUUCAGAAAUUGAUUAAGAAGUCAAAGAACACAAAUGUCAUUGAGGAUUUGAAAAAUCACAUCUCUUGGAUUGAUAAGCAGCUGAAGUCAUCCUCUCAUAAGAACAUUGAGUCAGAUAUUCUGAGACAGCAUAUAAAGAAAGAAAAAGAAGCAGCUAAACACGGAAAACACCCAUAUUAUCUAAAGAAAUCUGAAAUUCGUGAGAGAAAGCUCAUCAAGAAAUAUGAGGAACUAAAGGCUUCAGGAAAGCUUCAUUCAUUCAUUGAGAAUCGGAGGAAGAAGAACGCCUCAAAAGACCACCGCUUUAUGCCAUAUCGUAAAUCAAGUUAUGGUGAUCAAAGUCAAAUCAUGUAGUACUCGAGUCUUCAAAACUUCUAUAUUUUAUGUUGCAAC